AUGCGGCAUGCCGACUCGGAGCCGCCGCCGCCGCCGCCACCGAUCUCGCUGCCGCCCAUCGCACCGCCGUCGGUGUCGUUGCCGCCCUCCGGCUACGCGCUGGGCACAAUCUCCGAGAGCGGGGCUCUGCACCGCUCAGAGAGCCGGGGCGCACGAAGCUUUCAUAGCUGUGACUCGCUGUCGUCGGGCCGGCGGGCGCGGCGACCGUCCUUCUCCAACCUGAGUGAAGCCAGAAGUUCGUUUCGUCUCGGCGCCGCCGACCUCGGAGCGGAUGUCUCCGAUAUGCUCAAGACGGCGCGCACGGACCUGCAGCACCUGCCGGGCGUGCUAAAGAAGCACCAACGCCAGUUCUACUUCAUGCGGAGCGACUGCCAGCCGGUGCACGGGCUGCGCGACUGGACGCAGGACGAGUGGCGGUGCUGGCUGGCGCGCUUCCCGAGGCUCGGCGACGACCUCGCCCGCGGCCUCCUCCGCUGGCGGGAGGGGGAGGCCGAGGACGUCGGGCCAGAGGCGUGCGCGAUCGCUAUCAAGAUCAAGAUGAACCAGAGCCUUACGUACUCGGACUGGCACCUCAUCUCCGUCUUCCAAAACCGCGCGCUCAACGCCGGCUUCGGCGACGGGGACGGCGCCAUCCACUACUUUGAGUCGGACCUGCUGUCGAACUACAUCUUCGACCGCGAACCCGGCACAUGGCCGAUAGGCGUCGAGGAGCGCAUCCUGCAGGACCGGCACCGCUUCGCGAUCAACCACUCGGGCGUGCACCGGAUCGAGCACCGCCAGAGCAAGGCAGAGCAUGCUCGAAGCCUGCUGACCUUCACCGUCUACUUCGUCCUCGCCCUCGUCGCCCUCGUCGUCGUCAUCUACCUCCUCGCCCUCAUGGUCGGACAGAGCGAGCUCUGGGUCAUCAACGCCACCGUGCAGGACUUCAGCGACGGCAAUGACCCCUCCACGGAGAUCGUCGAGCGCACUAAGAGCCGCGGCGAGGUCGCAUCGCUGCUCGCCACCAGCAUGCUCGACAAGUUUGGGCUGAUCGACCCCUCCUCCUCCACCGUCUUCAUCGGCAUGUUCCUCGGCGGCACGUGGGGCUUCGUCCUCGACCAGAUCUUCGGGAGCGACGAGGGCUACCGCGAGUACCUCUGGUCCCCGCAGGACGGGAUGAAGUACGCGAUGGGGGUCCUCGUCUCGGAGCGGUACGGCCGCUACCUCGUCACGAUCCUGUUCGACAUGUGA